AUGGGCUCCGAGCUCAGCAAGCGCUACGACGUCGACAAGGACGCGACCGGGAGCGGCGGCCACGGCUACCAGUGGAAGUCGUACCAGGCGACGCGCAAGAAGGACGGCCUCGAGGUCUCGGUCUUCGUGUUUGAGAAGGCGGCCCUCGAAAAGCAAUUGCGAAACCAGAAGAGCCUCUUCGAAAAGGUGGUGAUGACGGCGCGGCGCGACGUGGCCACUUUAGCAAAUCUCGCGGGCAUCGAGAGGAGACAGCUCGAAAAAGUGAGGGCCGCCGCGGCGGGCCCCACGUCUUUGAGGGACGCCAUGGCCUCGGCGGCGUUGGGGGUCGGCACGGCCGUCGCGACCGCGUCCCGAAAAGCCCCACCCGGUUGCCUCCAGCUCAUCGAGACGUUGGAGUCGAGGCAGGCCAUCGUCUUUGUUGGGGAAAGAGUCGCGUGCUCGUUGGGCAACGCCCUGCACAAGACGUGGCCCGGCGUUGCCAGUGAUAAGGUUCCGAGCCACUGGCGCGACGGCGCCUUCACGACAGCUGAAGUGGCAAGAGGCGCCGCGUCGCUCGCGGACGCGCUGCAGGCUUUGAAGGGUGCGGGCGGCAUGGUCCAAAGAGCGCACCUCGGCGUGAGUCCCGAGAGCAUCUGGCUGACGAAGACGGGCGACUGGCGGUUGGGCGGGUUUGGGUUGGCGCUAUCGAUCCCGGCGGGCCAGUACGGCGUCGCGAGCCCCUACUUUGCUAAUGAAGGUGCUAUUGGGGGAGAGCUGACGGGCGAGCCCCGGCUCGAGUACACGUCGCCCGAACUUACCAAAAAUGGCGACCGCGUCGCGGCGCCCGCGUGCGACGUCUUCUCGUUGGGGUGUGUCUUGUGGGAGGUCUUUACCGGUUCCAAAGCUUUACAAGGAUGCGACAAUCUGUACGGCCACCGCAGCGCGUGUUCUCGGUUACAACAGCUGGACCCCUCGCAACUGCCGUCGCUCGUCCGCGACGCGGUGUCGCGCUCUCUGGCCGUGCACCCGCAGUCGCGCUUGGAUGCGGCCGCAUUACGAGGCUGCCCCCUCUUCCACGCGCCGGCCGUGGCGGCCCUCAAGGAGCUCGACGCGCUGCCAUCGAGGGACCCUUCUUUAGCUGCCGCGUUUUUGGGCAACCUGACGUCGAUGCUCGACAGUGGCGCGGACGUCGAGUACCGGGAGUGCUUCACGGACCGCACUUUGCUGAUCGUGGUCCUGCCUUCAUUAGAUGCGUGCGUCCGCGCGCAGCCCAAGCUCUGCGCGCCCGCGGCGCCGGCGUUACUCGCGUGUGCCGCGCGCCUCGACGCGCGCGCGUUCCGCAAGAGCAUCCAGCCCAUUUUGGAGCGGUUCCUGGUCGACGCGGCGGGGCCCCAGGCCGUCCUGGCCGUCGUCGAGCACGCCACGCUGCUGUUGGAUCGGGCCGACGCGUCGUGGGCGGCGAAGCGCGUCGUCGACGCUUUGGCGCGAGCGCUGCGCGACGACGCCGGGCCUCGGCUCAGAGACGCUGCAUUGAGACAGCUGGCUUCGUCCGAUGUCUUGGACGCGGUCAUCGCGAAGGCGUCGAUCGCCGCCCGGAACGGCGUCUCUAGUCGUGUCUCCACAGAUCUCGUGCCGGCGGUCUGUAGGUGCGUCGCGUCGAAGACUUGUGCUUUGGCGACGCGCGUGACGGCGCACAAGGCGCUCGCCGCGGCUUUGGACCGCCCCCCGGCGACGCCGCCCGAGGUCCUGAUGAGGGUCGUUCUGCCGGCGCUGCGCGAUUCUGUGAGAUUAGUGCACGGCCAGCCUGCUUUAGCGAUGUGCGUGCUCGGGUGCUUCGACCUCGUCGCUAAAAGAUUACCGGAGCAGUCGCGCAUCUUGAGAGACGUGCUGCCUUCAUUGAUCCCGCUGCUCGACGAGAAGGCCCUGAACGCGAGGCAGUUCGACAUGGUCGCGGGCCGCGUCGAGGCCAUGCUCGCUUCGGCGAUCCAGGCGCGCCGCGGCGAGCUCGACAGCCCCUCAUCUGUCCAGCCGCGGAUGUCGGCGCCGGACCCGUUCCGGGCGACGCCGUCGCCGGCGGCCGCGGCGCCGGCCCCGGUCCCCCGGGCGCCGUCGCCGGCGGCGGACGUCUACCGCGGCGCGGGCUCGUCGCACGCGUCGGACUACAACUUUGGUGCUGGCGCCAUGCCCGGCGACCCGCUCGCGCUCACGAGCGCCAGCCACGCCCGGGCGCCGGCCGUGCCGAUCCCGAAGCUGCCCAAGCCGCCGGCGCCGGCGCCGCGCCGCCGCGGGCCGCCCGCGCGCGGCCCGCCGAAGCAGCAGGACGCCGUCUGGCGGCCGCCCGGGUCCAGCAACGGCGGCGUCGCGAAGCUCACGGCGCAGCUCGCCGCGGAGGACCCCUUCGCCGCCGGCAACGACCCGUUCGCCUCCGGCGGCGCCUCCGCGCCAGCGUUCGGCGGCGGCGCAUCCGUGGACCCCUUCGCGUCGGUGGGCCUCUCGUCAGGAGAUCCUUUCGCGGGCAUGGGCGGCGCGACGAAUGCGCCGAUGCCCUCCAUGGGCGGCCUGCCGCCACCGCCCGGCGGCGCCGACCCGUUCGCCGGCAUGUCGGCGGCGGCGCCGGCGCCGGCCAGCUCCGCGUUCGACUUCAUGAACUCCUAGGUCUUCUUCUGUUUGUUCUAAUCAUGUGCU